AAAGGUGAUCCUACCAUCAUUUUGUAUUCUUUGUUUUUCAUAUUAUAUUAUUUUGUGUCAGAAUAUGUUCACUUAGUUAUCCUAGAGAAUGCAAAUCAAAAUAUUCUUAUUCAUAGAUUUUAUUACAUUAUUUUACUGUCUUUUGUAGAAACAUAAAUAAUUCACAGUAAAAAGAAUGGAAUACAAAAAAAAGUAGACGUAGGUGGCGCAGUGUUCCCUUGUGUAGCCGCAGAGAGUCCAAAGAGUAACGUGCAUUUUUUCUUCUUUUUUCACCUUUCCUCAGUUUUGUUGUUGUUGUAAAUAUUUCCUUAAUUAUCAGAUCACUCACAACUAAUAUUAAUAUGAUCACUUGUUACAAUCAAUAAAAAGAGCGCCUCUUUUUCACUGCCCCGAAUCUCUCUUUUUCCAUAAACUAUUCUAUGGUGAUUUUUUAUACAACACUGAUUGUUAGUCUACUGGUGCGUGAAUAAUUAAGUUCGCCGAAUCAUUGAUUUCCUGGUGCGUGAAUAAUUAAGAAUAUCUAUAAAUUUAAAAGAGAAAUACUGACAUCCAAAUGUACUAUAGUAAAUUUAAGCUUCACUAAGAGAUUUUCAAUCACAAAAAACCGUAAGAACAAUUCCAGUAUAUCUCUAAAAUUUUACUCGAAAUUCUAUUAUAAAAUAUAUUUUCCAUAACUUUAUAUGAAAAUAAAAAAUGUUAAUUUUCUUUAUAUUCAGGGAAAUGUUGUUAUUUCCUUUAUUUAGAAUAAUUUUUUGUAUUUGCAGAAAAAUAAUUUAAAUUUAUAUAUAGUUAAAUAAAUAAUUUUAAUUAAUUAUAAAUUCAUUUUUGAUCAUAUGAUUUCUGUAGACAACUGUGUUGUGAUUAGACAUAAAAUUCAUUUAAAUGAUUAUUAAAACUUACUUAAAGCUACGUUAAAGUACGAGAGAACCUAAGGCAUCUAGGUGAGCAAUUAAUAUUCUUAGAGACUAGAUAAAACGUAUAAUUAAGCGGUAUUAGCCAUAAUUAAUACUCCGUUAAACUAUACGUACAGGCACAUGUGCUAACUCUUUUUUUUUUUUUAUAAUACGUAAAAAUCAUAAAUGUUAUAUAACUCCAAGGAAAAUUUGAUCAAGAAAAAAAAUUAAAUUGUUCCAUGUUAAGAUCAAAUUCGCCACGUGACAAACUCUAGUCCAUGGGAUGAGAACAAGAAAGCUUGGACCGUGGAUCAUCCCCCGGGGGUGUGAGACUCGGAGUCGAUAGAGAGAGAGAGAGAGAGAGUAUUUCUCUAAUUAUAUUUACUUUCACUCGGACAGAACUAGAAGCGUUUUGUUCAGACAAAGCCGAAGUGAGAAGGGGAAAGAAAAGCUUUUCACUUUGGUUUUCACAGAAUCUGCAAAAACCCAAAUCAGAGAGACUUAAAUUCUAGGGAUGAGCAGAGCAGAGCAGAGGAAAGAGAAAGCUAAAGAACGCGGCGGCGUGGCAGAAAUCUAUUGAGAAAAACAAAGAUCAUACACAGACCCAGCUUAAAUUCUUCUUUCUUAAUUCUCUUUUAUUUCUUUCUUUCUUCUUCUUACUUUCUCCCACUUCAACUACUCAUUACUUUUUACCAAAAAAAAAAACUACUCAUUACCAAGAACCACACUUUGCUCCAAGAGAGAGAAAUUAGGGUUUAGAUUCUAACAGCUUUAGUGAGAAAAAGCUGAACUUUAGUGAGAAGGAGAAGUAAAGAGGAAAAGGAUUUCAUGGUAAUUAGGGUUUUUGAAUUAUGGAUAUUGUUUGGUCAAGAUUAGGGUUUGAAGUGUUAGGUCUUAGGAAAUGGCUGGGAUGUUUUCACUAGGAGGAAACAACAACAACAACAACAACAACGGAUACCAAGAAGAAGGAAAUCAACAACAACAAAAGACAAACUGGGUUUGGUAUAGAUCAAACACAAACACCAAUAAUAUUAACCCAAGCUCGAGCGUAUGGCAGAUUCCACCAGAGCAACAGAUUCUCAUGCAUCACCAUCAACCACAUCCACAACAACAAAGCAUAGAUCUUUAUCCAGGUCAUCAGAUAGAAGUCUCUGAUAUAGCCACAUCAUCAAGGUCCAUCACCAUAAGCUGUCGGGACUGUGGAAACCAAGCCAAGAAAGAUUGCACUCACAUGCGUUGCAGAACUUGCUGCAAGAGCCGCGGCUUCGAUUGUUCCACUCACGUUAGGAGCACGUGGAUACCCGUUGCGAGACGCCGUGAGAGACAACAGCAGCUUCAUAUGUCCACAUCAGGAGGCGGCGGUGGUAGCGGCGGUUCGAGUAUCCCUAAACGUCAUAGGGAUACAACUCUUCCGGAAACAUCCUCCUCUCGCUUACCAUCCGACUCAGCAGGGUUAGAAAUGGGGAAGGCGAGUUUUCCACCCGAAGUGAGCUCUGAUGCGCUUUUCCGGUGUGUAAAAAUGAGCGGCGUAGACGACGGAGGAGAUGGUCAAUACGCUUAUCAAACGACGGUGAACAUCGGAGGUCAUCUCUUCAAAGGAAUUCUAUAUGACCAAGGCCCUGAAAGCAGCUACAUGAGUGGUGGCAGUGGCGGAAGCGAUCAUCAUAGCUCUUCUGCAGGAGGUGGAAAUACGUUUAAUACUCCAGCUAUAGCAGACGGUGGAAGAGGAGGAUCCUCGGCGAUGUUUGUAGAUCCUAAUUCUAGUAGUUACUAUUCAAGUAACAUGAUGACGAUGUUCGUGCCACCAGGUACGCAAUUCUAUCAAAACCCACCAAGAUCUUGAUUAAAUCAAGAACUCCAGUUUUUAAUAUAAUAUAUUGAAACUAUAUAUGUAAUGUGUGUUUUGAGUGUUUCUUCAUCAGCCCUAUGUAAUAGAUGGACGACUUUUCAUAUCGUAUCAACAUCUGCAUGUUUGUUUGUCUUGUAAUAUGUGUUUAAUUUUAUGCUUCUUGUACGGUAAUGAAUAUAUAUUAUUGGUGGUUUACGUUAAUAUGUAAGUUUUGUUUUUUUUGGUUCUCGAUGUUGCCGGUUGCUCCUUCUCCCAUUGGGUAACCUCGAGAUUUUCUUAUGUUUUAAUAUUGGAUAAAUUAUAAUAUUUUCAUAUGGUACAGUGAAGUCUAUCUAUAUUUAAAGGUAAAGUAGCAAACUAACUAAAGUGAAAUCAAUAGUGACAAACGACAGGAAAGCAAACGAGGGCAAAAAAAUUUCAGCAUAUAAUAAGUUAUGAUAACCGUACUGGCCGGUCUCAUAUAUUGUCGAUUCUACACAUAGAGGGUACCACUUCACAAUGAAUUGGUGUUUGAAAAGUUAUGAACUCGUGGAUUAAUGAUAUAGAUUGUUCAUGCAUCACAGGCCAUGGUAACAGCAAUUGGUAUAUAAAACCUAUUAGUUUUAGUGCAUACUAAGAUUUAGUUAAUUAGCUCCUAGCUAAUACAACCUUUCCUAGAGUUAAAUUAGUCUUGCUUAUACCUUAGGUUACACAAACACAUUAAAUAAUGUAGCGGAUUGCAUAACUAACAAAAUAUGAAAACAUUAAUAUUUUUCUCUCUGUGACGUCUUUCCGACGCCAACAAUCUAUAUAUUGUAUAACACCAACAAGCUUAUAUAUUACAGUACCAAAAAAUAACUUCUUGUUAUAUUGCACUAUGCUGCUAAGAAACAUCGGCCAUAAGAUAUGUAUCAAUAUCACGACCUCAUAACCAGUGAGCUCGUUUAGUGAGAGAAAAAUUACUAUUAGUUACAUAUUCUUUUAUUUUUUUAAUGAAUGUCAAGUUUAUUCAAUCCAAAAAACUUUCUUACAAUGAAUUAGUUACAUUUUCAGUAUAUAAAAGUCUAAUUAAUUCAUAGAAUGAGUAUAUUAAAGAGAAAACGACCAUUAAAACCCUGAAUUUUUAAAUUAAAGCCAAAAAAAACUUUCAAUUCGUGUUUGAGCCAAAAAAAAUUCUCAACUUUCAAAUAUUGGCCGUUGUAACUCUUAUAUUGUGUUGACUUGGUAAUUUAAGAAACCCGAAUAGUCAACUAUGAAAUCGUUUAAAAUAAACAUUUGUUAACUCUCUAACUGACAUCAUUUUAAAAAUUGAUUAAAACAUCUAUCAAACGAUAUUUUUUUGCUUAUGUAAGCAUUUAAAACAUAUUUUUCGCGAAACCAGAGUGAAGAAUAUGAAGUUGAUUUGGAGAUCUGGUUUCACGAAAGAAAUGCUUUAAGUGUUUACAUAAGCGAAAAAAUAUUGUUUAGUCAAUAUUUUAAUCAACUUUAAAAUGAUAUCGUUUAGAAAAUUUAAAUACGUUUAUUUUUUAAUCCAUUUUAAUAGUUGACUAUUUGGGUUUCUUAAAUAACUGAGUCACCAAAAUAUAAGAAUUAUAACAGCUAAUAUUUGAAAGUUGGGGAUUUUUUUUUUAACUCAAACACGAGGUUGAAGACUUUUUGGCUUUAAUUUUAAAGUUAUGUUUUAAUGGCUGUUUCUCGUAUAUUAAAUAUUUUAUUAUUAUUUAAAUCUUGAUAAUCUAAUUGCGCAUAUAUUACCCGAAGUUAGGAAGCAAUAACAAUGUAUAAAUUAUAAAUAACUAACGUAAUCCUAAUUCCCCGGGGAAUUAGACAUGUGUGCAACUACGAAUACAGAUCCAUUAUCCAUAUAUAACAUGUUCACUUUGUUGAUCACAAAUACAAGAAAUUAGGGAGACAAGAAACAAGUAAACCACAUGACGUUACGUAGUUUAUAGCCUCGGGAACGUACCUUGACUUGCAAGUCACCUAUCCUCCCUUAAUUUUGAACUCUCCAAGAGUGAAGGACAGAACUAGAAGAGAUAUGGUUUCUGGUUGGAUUUGAGUUCAAGAAGAAUAGAAGAUACAUAUACAAACAAAGGCAGACAAAGAGAGAGAAGUAAAGAUGAAAUUAAUAAUAGUGAGGAAGGUUGAAGAGAUUGGAUAUAAAGAGGGGCAAGUAAGGACGACGUACCAACCAAAAGAAAAGAAACUAGCUAGGGCUUUUGGUAGAGUUUUACAUAGGGUGGGGAUGAAAGAAAUUGCCUCAGUGAUGCAGUGACCUAUUAUUGUGGUGUGCGCGCCCAUACUUUUCAUCAGCUUUUUUUUUUCUUUGGACAAGACACACAUACACACCUUUACGUACAUGUAUACGACCCCAUCUAUGUAAUUCUAAUAUAAAUUUCUCAUUGAAAAGUAGGUAUGUAACCGUGGUUACUAAGAAUGUAACUCGGUAGAAAUAUAUGUGAAAAUUACUUAUAGAAUAUCAUAUAACUUGAAUGACAUAUGGUG